AUGGCAGCACGCAGAAAGGCGGACGAGGCGAGCGAGCUGCCGUUCUACGGCCUGGAUGACGAGCUGCCCAUUGUUCUCGCGGCCAUCUGCGGCUUCCAGCACUGCCUUGCCAUGCUCGCAGGUAUCAUCACGCCGCCAAUCAUCCUCGCAUCGUCACUGAGCCUCCCGUCGGCAAUACAGUCCUACUUGAUCUCGGCUUCGCUCAUUUCUUCCGGCCUCCUCUCCGCCAUCCAAAUCUCGGGCAUCCCGCUGCCAUUCAUCCGCAGGCAGCUCGGCACCGGGCUUCUCUCGGUCGUCGGGACGAGCUUCACGACGAUCACGACGGCGAUGAGCAUCUUCAAGGGUCUGUACACCGACGGCACGUGUCCGUCAAUGACCAGCGCCGACGGGACCGUGACGCGGGGCGCCUGCCCCGAGGCGUACGGCUACCUCCUUGGCACGGCGGCCGUGUGCUCACUGCUGGAGAUUUUCCUUAGCUUUCUGCCCGUGCGCAUCAUGCGCCGCCUCUUUCCUCCCGCCGUGACGGGUGUGACAGUCAUGUUGAUCGGUGCAUCCCUCAUCGGCGAAUCGGGUGUCGUCAACUGGGGCGGCGGAAGCAGCUGCCACGGCCGCCCGACGUCGGGCAUGUACACAGUCUGCCCCGCCGUUGGCGGCCCGCACGCGCUGCCGUGGGGCAGCCCUCAGUACAUUGGCCUCGGCUUUUUAUCGUUCAUGACCAUCGUCCUCGUAGAGAUCUUUGGAAGCCCCGUCAUGCGCAACGCCUCCAUCGUCAUCGGACUCCUCCUCCCGCUCGCCGUCGCAGGGCCGACGGGCUACAUGUCCAGAGCGUCCAUCGACUCGGCGCCUGCCAUCACCUUCCUGUGGACCACGACGUUCAAGCUCAAGGUGUACGGCCCAGGCGUCUUAGCUAUGCUGGCAGUAUACAUCUGCCUGAUGAUGGAGGCCAUCGGUGACAUCACCGCUACAAGCGAAGUGUCGCGCCUCCCAGUCGACGGGGAGAGUUUCAAUCGCCGCUUGCAAGGCGGCGUUUUAUCCGAUGGACUCGGAGGAUUGCUCUCUGCGCUCUUCACAACAACGCCCCAGUCGGUCUUUGCGCAGAACAACGGCGUCAUUUCCAUCACGCGCAUUGCUAACCGACGCGCAGGCUACUGGUGCUGUUUCUGGUUGAUCCUGCUUGGCAUUCUUGGAAAGUUCAGUGGUGCGAUCCUCGCGAUCCCCAACAGUGUCCUUGGCGGCGUGACGACAUUUCUGUUCGCGUCGGUAGUCGUUAGCGGGCUCAAGAUCAUCAGCACGGUCAAGUUCACCCGCCGCAAUCGAUUCAUCCUCGCCGCGUCGCUUUCAUUUGGGUUCGGCGUGCUGCUCGUCAGCGACUUUUUUGAGUACCUCUUCAGCUACUCGGGGCCGAACAAAGCGCUGGAGGGGUUCCUAACGAGCAUCACCAUCGUCCUCAGCACACCUUUUCUCAUCUCGGCGGUAGUUAGCAUGGUGCUGAACUUUCUCCUGCCGUACGACGUCGAGGACCUGGUCGAGGUAGCGCGGCGCAAGAAGGCGGACGUCGAGCGCGGACACCUGGGCCAAGAGCAGGCGCAGGAGCAAGUCGCAGACGUCGAACGGGACAUUGAGUCGCUCGAGAAGAGCGCGGAGGGAGUGGCAGCGGAGAAAGGUGCUUGA